AUGACUGCCCAAAUGUCGUAUGGUGGAGAAUCUAGCAUGCCGCGAGGUGACCCGCUAGCUGGGUGGAAAGAGGAGAACCUAGCAGCACCUAAAGCGUCACUACAACAAGGUUGGCAGGAACAUCAUCUAGCGACACCGCAACAUGCUCAUGAGCCAGCACAUAGCUACCAGCAGACUCUGUAUGAUGAUCAUCCGUCUAUGAUGGGUCUUCAGGACUCUGAAGAACUUGCGUCAACACCACUACCACGAGCUGCUGCAAGUAGAGGAGUAACAGAUGCAGAAAAGGCCGCAUGUUCCCAGUGCGACAUACGCUGGCCACCACCUAAAUCAGCCCAUCCCAAGCCCCUCCAACUCCUACUCGAUGACAGAGACCCAAGGCGUAUUUACUACCAUCUUAUCCACGAGAACCUUGCUCCUGAAUCCAAAUUCUCGAAAAAAGAAAUCCAAUCAAAGGCCCAAUCCUUCUUUACCCAGAAAUUUCCACCCCCUGAGGCGAGUCCCAUACCAGGUAAGUCGCCUCAGGACCUGCAGGAGGCAGAAAAACAAGCAGAUUUUGAAGAAAAAGGACGGCUGCGCAAAGCGAUCAUCACGACAAAGUUGCAAAAGAAGAUGAGAGAGGUUAGCACGGGGCCCAGGGGGUCGAUUUGGUUGCUGGAGGAGGAGAGUGUGGAGGUGUGGAGAUGUAUUGAGGUUUUGCAAAAGGGCGAUCUGAAGAAGGCGGUUAGGAUUGGGCCGAUGGUGGAGAGGUUUGAGAUUUUUGGAGUUGGGUUGAAGGGGGAGAAGGAUCAUGUGCUGUUGUUGAGCCAGAAUGUCGAUGGGUGA